CUCUGACUUCAGUUGCAACGCACAAAUUAUCGCGUGCAGGCGUCCGUGACUUCCGCAUACCACAGUCAAUCCCUUAUUUUCAUCUUCUCUUGCUCUCAUGCUUUCGCUCUUCAAUCACCUCCUGUAAUCUCACAACUCAACGUCUCCUACAAACCGACUUAAUACCUGACUUUCUUUUACAUUCAUUCUAUCGUCUAACCUUCUAGUAUUCCUAUCUUCUCAUUCACCAUGCCCAAUUUCGGUCCCACCCGUCAUGCAGGCAGCAACUCUAGCGGUGCCACCAGGAAAAGCGUCGGUUUGGUCCACGGUGCUGGAGAGGCUAUUCGAGGUAACCUCAACGCGGCCGUCGACAAUGCCGCCAACGAUCGACACGGAGCCGCGAAGAACUCAGAAACCGCAAGCCGUGGUAUCGAUGAAAUGGAACACGGUCACUCUCACGGUCCGGGGGCUGACGUGACGCCCGUUGAUAUGGACCAAGAGCUCCAGCGUCGAGCAGCACAGGGCAAGUAUAGAUUGCAUACUGGUGCCAGAAGCUCCAAUUAUGGGACUCACCAGAGCAAUUUUGGUCGUAAGCCCGGCGCAGAUAACCGUGGGACGCAAACUAGCUCAACGACCUCUAGCCCGCAAGACAGUAAUGUCAGCAACAAGCUUGACCCCCGAUAUAGCUCGGAUCUUGACCAUCCCGGCGCCCAAAUCGGCGGAUCCGGAAAGAUCAAUUCCGGACCACAGAGCACUGAAGUGGGCAGCAAGCUCGAUCAGCGAUACGACCCUGAUCUCGAUCGUCGGAUGAGUUCGUCGAAUUGCGGUCCUCGUAGUCGCAGCAUUGGAAAUAAGGUGGACCCCCGAGUUGACUUAGGUCUCGACCAUAAGGGUGCUAGUCAACUUGCGUCUGGGUCGACCAAUAACGAACCUGAAUCUAUUAACAUGGGAAACGAACUCGAUCCUCGAGUUACUUCUGAUUUAGGUAAACGUUUAUGCUGAAUAGAUAUCCCCACUGCACUCCCCUAGCCUCUCAUCAAAUCUCCCCCAAGCCUCCUCAACUCCACUAACACCCCGCAAGACUCCCAUCCCAAACGCCGCUUCUCCUUCGACUCUCUCCCCCC